GACGGCGCGCUGGCGCUGCUGGGGCAGGGCCCGCCGAAGCGGCGCCGGCGCGUGAGGCCGUGGCUCGACGAGGCGACCGAGAUCCCCAGAGACGUCUACUUCGACACCUCGGCCAUCACGCGCACCAACCUGCUCGACUUCACGGUGCGGCUGCCGCACAGGUCGCCAGUCGCGGGCAUCACCACCACCCUGGGCGACAUCUGCCCGCUCCUUGGUGACCUGCUGCGGCGGGCCCCCGAGGUGGCCGAGCGGCGCCGGCGCGCACUGGCUGGCACCGCCACUCCGCCCAGGGGCGCCACGGCCGCGGCCGACGAGCUCGAGCCAGACGAGCAGGAGGGGCUCUCCCCGGGGCCCGGGCCGCCCCCCGACUCGCCGCUGCCCGGCGGGGGCGCCACGGCCACGGACCAGGCCGGCUGCGGCGGCGCGCAGAGCCGCGGCGCGCCCACCGAGCCCGAGGAGCCGGUGGGCUGCCGGGUGCUCGUGGCCCGGCUCCGGUACCUCUUGGUCUACCUGUUUCUCACCGUCCUGCAGUACUCCGUAGUGGGCCCGAACGUGCAGUUCAUCCCGCUCACCUUCUUCGCCGCGGCCCGCGGCGGCGGAGACUGCGAGGUGGCUCCCUCCUCCGAGCCCUGCCGGCAGGCCGCCGCCUUCUCCGCCGUGUUCCACGGCGCGUGCUCCGCACUGUCGGCCGGGGUGGCGUGGCUCGCGGCCCUCUCGCUGGGCUCCGCCAGCGACUCGGUGGGCCGGCGCCCCAUCUCGGGUCGGGCUGCGCUCUCCGUGUUACCGGUUGCAGCGCUGGCGCUACACGUCUUCGCAGGGCGGACCCUCUGGAUAUUCCUUGUGCUCCAGCCCGCCUACAUGGCCUUCGAUGUCAACGGCGUCUUCCUGGCGUUCAUGAGCGAUAUGAUCCCUGAGCCCAACUCACGAUUGGCUGGAUUUUGCGCGCUCUAUGCCACGUACCUGGGCACGUCGGGAUUGGUGGAGCUCGUUGCCGGCAUGAUCCCCGCCAAGCUCGCCGUUGUCGUUUCUGCCAUGACUUGCGCCGUGAAGCUCGCCUUUGCUUUCGUCACGAUGCCGGAGACCGCGCCGUUGGACUUGCCGUACAGGCGAGCGCAGGGUCCCACAGCUGCCAUCAGGGACGCUUACGCGCUGUUCCGGCGGAACGCCUUCCUCUCUGGCAUGGCUGUGGUGAUGGUGACUUCGGGGGUCUCCACGACAGGGCUGAGCACCAUUCUGGCGCCGUACAUCACAGCGUAUCUGGGCGUGACGAAGCUUGAGGCGGCGAGGCUGAUGGCGACCUCUGGCUUCUCGGUUCUCGUGUGCCUUGCCUUGCUGCUUCGGCCACUCGUGAUCGCCUUCGGCGAGGUCGGCGCACUGCGAGCAACCCUCGCCACUGUUGCCGUCUACCCUGCGCUCCUCGCCAGGUGCAGCGAGGUGUGGCAGCUGUUCGCUAUCAUGGCGCUGCUGGGAGGCCCGAUGGGCCUGCUCUUCCCGGUCAUAUCGGCCAUCAAGAGCAACCUCGUGAGCGAGGAGGACCAGGGGCUCCUACAGGGUGCCAUCGCCGCCGCCCGUGCCUUCGCGGUGGCCAUGUCGCACAUGUUCUUCGGCUGGUUCUACCACUACGAGACAAACGGCGGCGAGGUGAAGAGCCGCGCGGUGGCGUCGCUGCCGCUGCUGGGGACAGCGCUGCUGGGGCUCCUGGCCCUGCUGGCAGCACACGGACUGCCCGAGCAGCCGCCUCCACCUGCGCGGCGCAGGCGGGUGAGGGCGAAAGGAAGCACCGACCUGCACGAGGCGAUCACCGCAGCGGCCGCGUCGUACUCCGCCGUGGAGACUGGCCGCGGGUCGGCAUGUGGCGGCUGAGGGGGCAGCGGGCGGCCUUCCCUCCUUCUAGGCGGGGCCAGUGGCGGACAGCGGCCGCGGAGGGGG